CGUGCCGUCUGGGUCCACCGAAGAGAGUCCACUAGUGAAGCGCACCCUAUUAACCGUGGACGCGAGCACAGAGAAUCAAAUACUUCUUCCUCUUCCGUCCACCACCCUUUCUCUCUUCGUUCUUCUCCUCCUAAACUGCGAGAAGGAAAAAAAAAGGCGAAAAGCUCGCCGAUCAGGAGUCCGCGAAACCAAAGAGAUCGUAGGUUUUGGAUAUGGCGUCGAAGCGGAUCUUGAAGGAGCUGAAGGAUCUGCAGAAGGAUCCACCCACCUCAUGUAGCGCAGGACCUGUUGCUGAAGACAUGUUUCAUUGGCAGGCAACGAUAAUGGGUCCUACCGACAGUCCUUAUGCUGGAGGCGUUUUCCUUGUUACCAUUCACUUCCCUCCAGAUUACCCUUUCAAGCCUCCUAAGGUUGCCUUUAGGACGAAGGUGUUCCAUCCCAACAUUAACAGCAACGGAAGCAUUUGCCUCGACAUCUUGAAGGAGCAAUGGAGUCCUGCCCUCACCAUUUCCAAGGUGCUGUUAUCGAUCUGUUCUCUGUUAACCGAUCCAAACCCGGAUGAUCCUUUGGUGCCUGAGAUAGCUCAUAUGUACAAGACUGACAAGAACAAGUAUGAGUCCACUGCACGGAGCUGGACUCAGAAGUAUGCCAUGGGCUGAAAGGAAGGAUCCUAAACUAUCUCUUUUUAUGGAAAAAAAUCUGCCGUAAUUUCUAUGUAUGAUUCAGUAGACAUCUGUUUCUGUCCUCUUUUAAAAAUUUCUGAAGACAGGACCAAAUGAAGUGGGUCUUGUUUGUUUGAAACAAAAAAAAACAAAACAUCUUUGUGAAACUAGAAACUGGAAAUCUUUCUGGUUUUGUUUGGUCUCGUCUUGCAAUUAUGAUUUGGUGUUUUACUGUGUGAUAA